GACUUCAGAGCUGGGCAGGGGAACCAAGGGCCAGUAGCACUGCGUGCGCUUCAGAGGCUUCCGGAGGGGGCCACACUGGCGUCUCUGGGCCCCAGUUCCCCCAUCUGUGAUGGACAUGAGAGAGUAGGACUAUGCGACACCUGAUCUGCCGCCCCAGUCUGUCUUCCAUUCUGAGGUCAUGGCUUCUGGCUUCUCGGACCUGAGGCUCCAGCGGAGGAAAUGACUGGCAGGGAUCUUGCUCCACGCCUGUUACGGAGACUGAACCUUCGCAGGGCACGAACUUGCCCAGCACAGGAACAUCUCUCUCUUUGAAGGGCUUUACAGUUGCCACAAAGACCGUAAAGAUGGCGACUUCAUCUAUCAGACGGCAAAUGAAAAAUAUUGUGAACAAUUACUCGGAAGCUGAAAUAAAAGUGCGGGAAGCCACCUCCAAUGACCCAUGGGGCCCGUCCAGCUCCCUGAUGACCGAGAUCGCCGACCUGACCUACAACGUGGUGGCCUUCUCGGAGAUCAUGAGCAUGGUUUGGAAACGCCUCAACGACCACGGCAAGAACUGGCGGCACGUGUACAAGGCGCUCACGCUGCUGGACUACCUCAUCAAGACGGGCUCCGAGCGCGUGGCCCAGCAGUGCCGGGAGAACAUCUUUGCCAUCCAGACGCUGAAGGACUUCCAGUACAUCGACCGAGACGGCAAGGACCAGGGCAUCAACGUGCGUGAGAAGUCCAAGCAGCUGGUGGCCCUUCUCAAGGACGAGGAGCGGCUGAAGGCUGAGAGGGCCCAGGCUCUCAAAACCAAAGAGCGCAUGGCCCAGGUCGCCACGGGCAUGGGCAGCAACCAGAUCACCUUUGGCCGCGGCUCCAGCCAGCCCAACCUCUCCACCAGCUACUCGGAGCAGGAGUACGGCAAGGCCGGGGGGUCGCCAGCUUCCUACCACGGCUCCACUUCCCCGAGGGUGUCCUCCGAGCUGGAGCAGGCCCGGCCGCAGACGAGCGGAGAGGAAGAGCUACAGCUUCAGUUGGCACUUGCCAUGAGCCGAGAAGUAGCUGAGCAGGUUGGUGCCAGGCAGGAAGAACGCCUCAGGCGGGGUGACGACCUCAGAUUACAGAUGGCCCUAGAAGAAAGCCGAAGAGACACGGUUAAGGUUCCAAAAAAGAAGGAGCAUGGCUCCCACCCACAGCAGACCACUCUGUUGGAUUUAAUGGACGCCCUCCCCAGCUCAGGCCCUGCUGCCCAGAAAGCAGAGCCCUGGGGCCGGUCAGCCUCAGCUAACCAGACAAACCCUUGGGGCGGGCCGGCGGCCCCAGCCAGCACUUCAGACCCCUGGCCACCGUUCGCUCGGUUCCCUGGAUGUUUGCCGAAGUGUACCAAAUGCCAGGCUCUGUCCUGCUAUCCAGGGACUCCGACACAAACAGGUGCCAAGCCAGCUGCCUCCGUGGACCCGUGGGGCGUGCCCACUGGCAGCAGCACACACUCCGGGCCCAAGGGCUCAGACCCCUGGGCGGCCCCGCCACAGGCUGCCCCCGGUGCCGGGAAAACAGCGGAUGCCUGGGCCGCAGCCUCGGCCGCCAAGCCCGUCUCGUCCUCUGGGGCCUUUGAUCUCUUCAGUAAUUUGAAUGGUACAAUUAAAGAUGACUUUUCUGAGUUUGACAACCUCCGGACUUCAAAAAAAACAGCUGAGGCCGUGACCUCGCCACCGUCCCAAAACAACGAAACUACAAGCCCCGACCCCUUUGAGUGCCAGCCCCUGACCGCCGCCUCAAGCAAGCCCAGCAGUGCCCGGAAAACACCCGAGUCCUUCCUGGGCCCCAACGCGGCCCUGGUCAACCUGGACUCGCUGGUGACCAGGCCAGCCCCGCCGGCCCAGUCCCUCAACCCUUUCUUGGCACCAGGUGCAGCCGCCGCCUCUGCCCCGGUCAACCCCUUCCAGGUGAACCAGCCCCAGCCGCUGACGCUGAACCAGCUGCGGGGGAGCCCAGUCCUGGGGACCAGCACGUCCUUUGGGCCUAGCCCAGGUGUGGAGCCCAUGGCUGUGGCCUCCAUGACCUCCACGGCCCCACACCCGGCCCUGGGGGCCAGUGGUUCCUCCCUGACGCCACUGGGCCCCGCCUCGAUGAACAUGGUGGGCAGCGUGGGCAUCCCCCCCUCGGCAGCUCAGGCCGCCGGCACAACCAACCCUUUCCUUCUCUAGUGCCCGGGCCUGGGACCCACCACAGAGCGAAUGCCCAGAGCCUCUGUGCCUGAGGACGCCGAGCAGGGACUCUCGAUUGUGGACUGGUGUCCAAGAGUGGGGGUGGGGGGUGGGGGGGUGUUAGGGCUUCCCGGUCCCGGCUUCCUGAUAAAAGGGUUGUCUUCCCAGCCCCGACCCUCAGACUCGAGCGGCGGCAGGCCUGCUAGACGUCAGACACAGCAUGUGGGUCUCCGCGCCUUCCGAGGCCGCCCGCCCGCUGCCCGUGGGAGGGGCCCGACCCGGGCCUGGUCGCCUCUUCGCUUCCUCCCGAGCGCAGAGGUCCUGGUUCUGUAGAUUGGCUCGCUCUCUGGGGCCUGGGAUGAGGCGGGAGGCCUCAGCCUGAGGGCCUCUGGGACGCUGCCUGGCCCAGGGCCUUGGGAUGGCCGCCGCGUCUUUGCCCCCCCCCCCCCCCCCCCCCCCAGCCCCAGCGACACCCCCAGGCGGUCCCAGGUGUGGACAGAAUGAAGCACUGACUUCAUGAGACGCUGAUCUUUUCGGGGAAGUGGUUGUGCAUAUUUUAUUUUUCUUUGACUCGUGUGUGAGUUCAAAGUAAACACACCACCGUGGAACAACUCUUGAAUUAAAUCCACUAGAGCAAGCUUUAAACUAAUCUGAGCAUAACCCUGCCACUUGGCUGUAUGCUUGUAUACGUUUGCACAUAAUUUGUUUAGUACAGUUUCAUAUUUGAGUUUGCAGAAUUAUCUGAUAGUCUUUUUUUGGCUAAUAUUUUUAUAACGUGGUUCUUAUUUAACUGUCUAGUUUUGAUAGAAUUUACCAGGUCUGGCUGAAUUAAGAUAUUGGCACGUGUCAUGUGAGUGGUUUAAACCCUCUUAUUUAUGGUUUAACUCAAAGAAAAUUUAAAUAGGAAGAGACAAAAAAAAUGCCUUAUAAAAAAAACUAAAGCGAAUUCUUUAUAGGGAAAAAUAUGGGAAUUUGAUUACAUAGGACAGAUGAUGUUUAUUUAAAAAAAAAAAAAAAACCUGCAACGACAACAAAAACCCAGCCUCCAGUUGCCUUUUCCUUUCUUUUACUCCCUUUUUUGGUGACUUACCAAACGGGUUGACCUGCAGCCUUUUGGGCUAGAUUCAGAGAGAGGCUAUUUUUCUUACUGCUCCACCAACAUCAAGUUAAAGGAAAAAAAAAAGAAAAUCUAGCGGAUGAAUGUGACCCACCGGUUUUUAUCAGCCAGUUCCCUUUUGUAACUGAAGGCAUGCACGGAUCAACGAGGACUUCCGCUUCCAGUGGAAAUCUGAAACGGAAGAGGCAUCUUGAAACUUGUGUGUCUGUGAUCUCUCUCGUAAUCCGCACUCAGGGUAAGGAUGGGGGUGGCGUGGAGACGGCAUCUGGGGGCUCCCCAGGGACGGCCUCCAGGCCGAGAGGGGUGAGCGGCCAGGGCUGGCCCCGACCCACCCGCCUGCUGACUCCAGACACACACUGCAGACUUCAAAAUAAUCACCUCUUGUUUUGGAGAGGCAGGG